AUGUGGAAGAAGGGAAAAGCACCUAUCGUCCCCGUCACAGUGUUGACGGGGUUCCUGGGCUCAGGUAAAACGACAUUGCUGAAUCAUAUUUUGGAGGAUGAUACCCACAACAUGAAGUUUGCAGUCAUUGAAAAUGAAUUCGGAGAAGUCGGAAUCGACGAAACAAUCUUGUCUGAAAAUGUCGAUGAAGAGAUCAUUGAGGUAAUGAAUGGCUGUAUCUGCUGUACUGUUCGCGGAGACCUCGUCGUUGCCCUAAAAAAGCUGUACAAGAAAGUUGAGAGCUUUAAUGGUGUCAUAAUUGAAACAACAGGUCUAGCAGAUCCCGCUCCAGUUGUUCAAACUUUUUUCGUGGACGAAGACCUUCGCAAAAUGUACAAGCUCGACAGCGUCAUAACAGUGACGGACGCCAAGCAUAUUAAUAUCCGUCUAGACGAAAAGAAACCGGAAGGCGUCGAGAAUGAAGCCUUGGAGCAAGUUGCCUUCGCUGACAAGAUUAUACUCAAUAAAGUUGAUUUGGCAGAAAAUGAAGCCGAGCUUUCGGCAACUAUGGCUCGGCUAAAAAGCAUUAAUCCUACUGCUCAGAUUCUCAGUUGCAGCUACAGCAAGAUCUCUCCCAAGGAAUUACUCGGUAUCAAUGCCUUCGAUUUGAAACGAGUACUCAAGUUCGACCCGGAAUUUCUCGAUGAAGGCCAAGAGCAUCAGCAUGACUCAUCUGUAGUGUCGACUGCAUCCAAGAUUGAAGGUGAGUUCAAUCACGAAAUGUUGCUUCGCUGGAUUGAGCGCUUGGUCGUCGAAGACGGUGCGAACUUGUACCGAUAUAAGGGUGUGCUAGCUGUCAAAGGAAAAAAGGAGAAGUUUGUGUUCCAAGGCGUCGGAAUGAUGUUUUCUGGCUCGUUCGAGGGCAAGUGGAAAAAGAAUGAAAAGAGAGAAAGUCGUUUUGUAUUCAUAGGCAAGAAUUUGGAUAAAGAAUUCCUCAAGUACGGCUUUGAAGCCUGCCUUGUCAAGGACAAGCUUCGUUUUGCGAUUGGGCAGUCGGUCGAAGCUAACUGUGGAAAAUGGAAGAAGGGCAAGGUCAUUGAGCACUGGGAUGACGGAAACGCAUACCGCGUCCGCCUCACCAACUCAAACGAGGUCUGGGCACCUCUUGAUAUCGAUGCAUACAUCCGUGCCACCGGAACUGUCUAG